AUGGGUCAGUUCGAAGACGAGGAUCGCCAGUACGCCCAAGACGUCCAGGCCGUCCAGAACUGGUGGCGCGACUCGCGGUGGCGGUUCACCAAGCGGCCCUUUACGGCUGAGCAGAUUGUAGCCAAGCGUGGGAAUCUUACGAUCGACUAUCCGUCCAAUGUGCAGGCUAAGAAGCUCUGGGGUAUCCUGGAGGGCAACUUCAAGAACAAGCAGCCGAGUUUCACCUAUGGCUGUCUCGAGCCUACGAUGAUCACCCAAAUGUGCAAAUUCCUCGACACGAUUUAUGUCUCUGGCUGGCAGAGCUCGUCGACUGCCUCGUCGACAGAUGAGCCCUCACCCGAUCUGGCGGAUUACCCCAUGGACACCGUCCCCCGCAAGGUUAACCAGCUGUUUAUGGCCCAGCUUUUCCAUGACCGCAAACAGCGCGAAGAGCGCGUCACCACCCCCAAGGACCAGCGGGCACAUGUAGCCAACGUCGAUUACCUCCGGCCCAUCAUCGCCGAUGCCGAUACCGGGCACGGCGGUCUGACGGCCGUCAUGAAGCUGACCAAGCUGUUUGUUGAGCGCGGCGCCGCCGGCAUUCACAUCGAGGACCAGGCCCCCGGCACAAAGAAGUGUGGCCACAUGGCCGGCAAAGUGCUGGUCCCUAUCAAUGAACACAUCAACCGGCUGGUCGCCAUCCGCGCCCAGGCCGAUAUCAUGGGCACUGAUCUCCUGGCCAUUGCUCGUACCGACUCCGAGGCAGCCACCCUCAUCACCUCGACCAUCGACCACCGCGACCACGCCUUCAUUGUCGGCGCCACCAACCCCAGCCUCCAGCCGCUGAACGACCUGAUGGUCGCCGCUGAGCAGGCCGGCAAGUCUGGCGCAGAGCUGCAGGCCAUCGAGGACCAAUGGACUGCGCAGGCCGGGCUCAAGCUCUUCAACGAUGCCGUUAUUGAUGCCAUUAACUCCGGCGUGCACGUCAACAAGAAGGGCCUGGUGGACCAGUACCUGAGCGCCGUCAAGGGCAAGAGCAAUACCGAGGCCCGCGCCAUCGCCAAGGGCAUCACUGGUGUUGAUAUCCACUGGGACUGGGACGCACCGCGCACCCGCGAGGGCUACUACCGCUACCAGGGCGGCACGCAAUGCGCCGUCAACCGCGCAGUAGCCUAUGCUCCCUUCGCGGAUCUGAUCUGGAUGGAGAGUAAGAUGCCGGACUACAAGCAGGCCAAGGAGUUUGCCGACGGCGUGCACGCGGUGUGGCCGGAGCAGAAACUCGCAUACAACCUCUCCCCCUCGUUCAACUGGAAGAAGGCCAUGCCGCGCGACGAGCAAGAAACCUACAUCAAGCGGCUCGGCGCCCUCGGCUACUGCUGGCAGUUCAUCACGCUGGCCGGUCUGCACACCACGGCGCUGAUCUCGCACCAGUUCGCCAAGGCCUAUGCCCAGAGCGGCAUGCGCGCCUACGGCGAGCUGGUUCAGGAGCCCGAGAUGGCGCAGGGAGUCGAUGUGGUCACUCACCAGAAAUGGAGUGGUGCCAACUACGUGGAUAAUCUGCUGAAGAUGGUGUCAGGAGGUGUCAGCAGUACUGCAGCGAUGGGCAAGGGUGUGACCGAGGACCAGUUCAAAUAG